AUGGGGUCCCGCCGCGCGGCCCCCGGGCUCCUGCUGGCCGUCGCCCUCGCCCUGCGCGCUGCCGGAGGGAACUGUGACUCUGACCCCCCUGAGGUGGUGUACCUGCCCACUGAACUAAAGGUGCUAAAUGGCGCGGAUCAUUUCCGUCUUCAGCGUACAGACCGUUAUCUUCCGGGAAAUGCCUCCCUAAGCUCUCGCUCUGAGACGUUCCUUUUCCUCCACCGUCGCCUCUCAGCAAAACCCACCAUCCAAGCCACCUACUUGCCUUUCACUGCCCAACAGGCAGUGCCAUCUGACAGCUCCCAAAUCCAAGAUGUCUCUGUUGCCUGGGAUGUCCGUGCUGUGUCCAUUGAAGGCACAGUGUCUCCCUACGAGCCAUACUCCCGGGUCCUUUUCCAUCUCCAGGGACAGGAUUGGAUGUCAGAACAGCAGGCCCUGCCAUGUGUCACCCUGCAUGUCUUCUACCAGGCACAUGCAGUUCACAGAGCCUGCCACCUCCAGGCACCCUUGGGUGUGUGUGUAGUAGAACUAGAGCUCCCUCCUCACUGGUUCUCCCCUACACCCCCCAUGAGCCAGCAUGGAUCAGAGGAUUCCACCGUCACUCCUCAGCGGGCUGAGCUGUACUACACUCUGGAGCCUGUCCUACCUGGGAAGACCCCUGGAGAGUGUGCCCAUGCAAGGGUCCGGGAAAAACCACGACUGGCUCCAGAGGGCACCAAGGAGCAGCUGAACUACAUCGGCCUUGUUGACAUCAGGGUGAUGAGCCCACCCCGACGCCAGGAAGUGCGGCUGGAUGACAAUGUGAUGGUCCGAGUUCCUGACAUGGCACUACGUCCAGGGCAGCUCUUCACUGCCACCAUAAUUCUGCAGCAGAACUUCACUGCUGACUUGCUGAUGCUCCGAAUCAAAGUGAAGAAGGGGCUACAGGUUCUGGCUGCUCGUCCCACCAAGCCUGAAGCUUGGACUGCAAAGCUAGACAAGUUCAAGGGGGCCAAACACCAUACUGCUCUGGUUACCUGUCGCCGUUCUGUUGGCAGCUGGUUGGACUGGAGGGCAGCAGAUUUCCCAGAGUUCCUAUAUGUGGAUUUCGUAGUGGAGAAUGGCACAGGGGGCCUGGCUUCCACACGUCCUGUCACCUGGCAAGUGGAAUAUCCUGGCCAGGACCCUGAGGCUGAGAAGGAUAAGAUGGUGUGGGAGAUCCAAGUGUCAGAACGAGAUGUGCGGGCCUUGGUUCCCUUGGUGAAGGAACAGGAGAUUGUGAACACUGCACUCCUGACAGGAAUUUCUCAGUCCGUGCCUGUGAAGCUUGUUGUGGUAGAAACUGGUGGAGCUGUGUCCGAGGUGACUGAGCAGAUGGGUUGUGAGUCUUCUAACAAACAGGUCCUGCAGGUGUCAGACGUGUGUGAUGCUGUCUACGUAGGGGGUAAAGAGAGCCGAGGAGCACGUGGUGUACGGGUAGAUUUCUGGUACCGUCGACUCCAUGCUUCACUGCUGUUUACUGUCUGGGCCCCGCUGUUGCCUCUGCGCAUUGAGCUGACAGACACUUCCCUUGAGCAGGUGCGAGGCUGGAGGGUGCCUGGCACUGCCCCAGAAGGGAACCCAGCUGAGCCUGAAGAGGGGGGAGAGGAGUUGGAAAGGAGAGCUCGUGGCUGCCGGCUCCAGUAUCAGCGUGCUGGGGUCCGUUUCCUAGCCCACUUUGUGGCUCACCCAUUAGAUGGUGGCCGUCACCUGACUUACAUGCCAAGUUCUGAUUGGCUGCUGGAUGUCUCGCAUCUGGUGCAAAAGCAUGCUAGGAUCCAGGACCCCCGGGUGGCAACACUGGAAGAUGGGAGUCUAGUGAUUGGUCGUGAGCCAGGAAUGACAUCAGUGGAGGUGCGCUCUCCUGUGUCUGACUCAAUCCUGGGGGAGCAGACGCUAGUGGUGUCUGAUGAGAAGGUUUCCAUCUCCGAGCUAAAAACCCAGCUAGUAUCCGGUCUCUCUUUGUCACUCUCUGUGGAGCCAGGACAUCCAAAUGUCUUCAUUGCCACGUGUCAGGGACUCUCUGCCCUUCGUUCUCCAAAGCAGGAAGCAGUGGUAAGCAUCUGGCUAGUAUUCACCGAUCAUACCUUGGCUCCUGUAGAACUUUAUGGCUGGAGGGAUCUGGUACUCUCACUCUCCUCCCUGAACCCCAGUGUGGUAUCUGUGCAGCUCGAUGAGGAGCAGGAUCGCCCAGUGAUUGUUGCUGAGGGACCAGGACGAGGAUCCCUCCUGCAACUCGGCCUGCAUUCCCCAGACUCCUGCCGCAAGGGCAAACAUAGGGCUCCACUCUCUCAAGGCACAACGUGGCUGGAAGUGAACUUUGGUAAGCAUCUUCCAACAACAAGCAGCCCGCUGCGACAAGAUCCCCAGCACCAUGGUGAGUCCCCCUUCCAACGAGCAGAAGGCGCCAUGUCAGGGGAAGCUGUGACAGUUGCAGCUGCCACAGAGAGUGGAAAGGGGUCAAGGAGACAUGGUCCAGUAGGGGUGGAACCACCAAUGACCAAAUUUGAGGGGCCUGGUAGUAGUUCCUAUGAGGAUGCUGAACCAGAGGAAGAGGAAGAAGAUGAGAUGGUGAAGGCUCCUGAAAGGGUGACAGACCUGGAGAUUGGCAUGUAUGUUCUCCUGGGCGUUUUCUGCCUUGCCAUCUUCAUCUUCCUCAUCAACUGUGUGGUCUUUGUACUUCGUUACCAGCGCAAGGAGCCCCCCGAUGCUGGGUCAGGGGCAACCUCCUCUGCCCAGCAGCCCCACAACUGGGUCUGGCUGGGCACUGAUCAGGAGGAACUUAGUCGGCAGCUGGACCUGUGCAACCAGCAUUGCCAAGACCAACCCCUUGACCCCUCCAGCACCAGUGAUGGGUGCUGUUGCUGUGUGGGGCCAGAGGGUAAGAUGGAGGCUGUGGCCCAAGAGAGCCCAGCUCCAUCAGGGCCAGAACCAGAUAUUUCUGCCAGUACUUUGGGCCUGACUGCUCCAGGAAGCCCAGCCCUUGCCACCACCUUAUCCAGGAAAAAGGAUGGGAGGGAAGUUGGUGGUCGGCGGAAGCGUGUGGAGUUUGUGACCUUUGCUACUCCCCCUGGCUCCGCUCCCAGCCCCCCAGCCUCGGCUCCUGUGGUUCAGUCCAUCCUGGUGGCCAGUGAAGAUGACAUCCGCUGGGUGUGCGAGGACAUGGGGCUGCGUGACCCCGAUGAGCUGCGCAGCUACAUGGAGAGGAUCCGGGGCAGCUCCUGACCUCCUUCUCUACUGUGCCCCACCAAUACCCCAUAUGGGCAAACCAAUAAGGGGUCAGCAUUUGCUCUCCUUUGGGUGCUCUCUUAGGGUCAUCCAGCUGGGCAUUUCAUCUUCUAAAGAGGGCUCUACACAAUAGGAAAAAG